UGGUUAUUCUGUGACCUCACCAUCCUAAUUUAUUCCUUAACAACUAGCAUGUUAUUGAGUCAACUAGGAAGAGUCUAGAAGGGGGUUGGGGAUCCCCUAUUUGAAAAUGCUCAGAGGGGCUCACAGGGGCUUGCUACAUCAAGCCAGGUGGAAGAGCAGGCCCCACGGUUGGUAGCAACCUUGUAUUCAAGAGAGAAAGACAAAGACAAAGGUUGCUACCAAAUCAGGGUAAGAUUGCCAAGAUCUUGGCUCUUCAUUUGAUGGAGUCUAAUUCUGUUCUCUUUACAAAGAGCUAAGGUUACACUGAGCAAAGGUUACCAUUUACGCGAGACAUGAAGCCUGCUGUCAUAGCUCAACACUGAGCCCUACGAUCAGGACGUUCCGGGAGCAAAUCCAUCUUCCACAUACCAACUAAGCAUGUUUAACUACGAACGUCCAAAACAUUUCAUUCAGUCCCAAAAUCCGUGUGGCUCCAGGCUGCAGCCUCCAGGACCAGAGGUCUCCAGCUCCCCUGGCCAGACCAAACAGUCUUCCAUCGUCAUCCAGCCCCGCCAGUGCACAGAGCAGAGGUUUUCCGCCUCCUCCACAGUGAGCUCUCACAUCACCGUGUCCUCCUCUGCUUACCCUGCAUCCCAGCAGCUUGCUGGCCCCAACCCAGGCCAAAAGGUUACCGCUGCCUAUAACCAGUCGCCAGCCAGCUUCCUCAGUUCUAUAUUACCGUCUCACCCUGAUUACAGUAACAGCAAGAUCCAGUCCACCGUGGACUCCAACUAUCAACAACCUUCAGUUAGCCAACCUGUAAAUGCCAUGCCAUCCCAAACUACAAAUGCUAACCCCACUCCAAGGACUCCUGACCAUGAAAUCCAAGGAUCAAAAGAAGCAUUGAUUCAAGAUUUGGAGAGAAAGCUCAAAUGCAAGGACACCCUUCUUCAUAAUGGGAAUCAGAGACUGACUUAUGAGGAGAAGAUGGCACGCAGGUUGUUAGGACCUCAGAAUGCUGCUGCUGUGUUUCAAGCUCAGAACAGUGAUGCCCAAGACUCUCCACAGCAGCAUAACCCAGAGCAUGUGCGGCUGCAAGUUCCUACAUCUCAAGUAAGAAGUAGAUCAUCCUCCAGAGCAGAGGCAAAUGACCAGGAUGCCAUCCAAGAGAAGUUUUACCCACCACGCUUCAUUCAAGUGCCAGAAAACAUAUCGAUGGAAGAGGGAAGGUUCUGCAGAAUGGACUUCAAAGUGAGUGGACUGCCAGCCCCUGAUGUGUCAUGGUAUCUAAAUGGGAGACCAGUGCAAUCAGAUGAGCUGCACAAAAUGAUAGUGUCUGAGAAGGGCUUUCACUCCCUCAUCUUCGAAGUGGUCAGAGCAUCAGAUGCAGGGUCAUAUGCCUGCGUGGCCAGGAACAGAGCUGGGGAAGCCACCUUCACAGUGCAGCUGGAUGUCCUGGCAAAAGAACAUAAAAGAGCACCAAUGUUUAUCUACAAACCACAGAGUAAGAAAGUUUUUGAGGGAGAGUCGGUGAAGCUAGAAUGCCAGAUCUCAGCUAUCCCUCCACCAAAGCUUUUCUGGAAAAGGAACAAUGAAAUGGUCCAAUUCAACACGGAUCGGAUAAGUUUAUAUCAUGAUAAUGCUGGAAGAGUAACUUUGCUGAUAAAAGAUGCAAACAAGAAGGACGCUGGCUGGUAUACGGUGUCAGCAGUCAACGAAGCUGGCGUGACCACGUGUAACACGCGAUUAGAUGUCGCAGCCCGCCCAAACCAAACGCCCCCAGCUCCGAAGCAGCUGCGUGUUCGACCAACUUUCAGCAAGUACUUAGCUCUAAAUGGGAAAGGUUUGGAUGUGAAACAAGCUUUUAACCCUGAAGGAGAGUUUCAGCGGUUGGCAGCUCAGUCUGGACUCUACGAAAGUGAAGAGCUUUAAUAAUUUUGUCCACAGUGGAAAACACAACUUCACUAUUACCAAUAUUUCUGAUGACGUUGUAGGGGGAAAAAUAUCUAUGGCUCUAUUAACAGAUUGUGGCUUUACUUAGAGCGUAUAACUAACAGGCAUUUAUGAUGUUAUUUAGCCUGACUCUGACUCAGCCUGUCUCUGCUUCUUACCUGUGAAGCCAACAGCAAAACUGAGUAUACAGGUUUGUAGUGUAAGAGGCUGUCUUAAGAUGCAGUGUCUUAACACUUAAGCCAUACAUAUUUAACAACUACGAGUUGUGAACCAGCAACAUUUUAAACACCACUGAUGCUUGCAGUAACGUUUAUGGGUAUUGCUUAACACAAGUGUAUUUACCUCUUUUCUCUUGUAGGAAUACUAAUGUGAUACAGCUUAUCUGAGUGUUCCACAAUUUCAUGUCAAAAGAAUAAAAUUCAAAUAGUUAAAACAGGCUGGUCUUAUCUUCAUGAGAGUCUAGAAUGCUCUUCCUGA